AGGAGUGGCACGGUCAGGGAGCUGGGUUCCAAAGGAGCAAGGAUGCAGAACAGAGCUGGUCUAGUUCUCUGUGCCCUUGUCCUCCUCACGGGUUUUCUUAUGAUCUGUCUGGGGGCCUUCUUCAUAUCCUCAGGUUCAAUAUUCAAUUGCUUCGAGAAACUGAACCUGGCCUACUUACUUCUUCCUCUGGGGUUUGUGAUCCUUCUGAGUGGGAUUUUCUGGAGCACCUAUCGCCUGGCAUGUGAAAGCAAAUGGAUGUUCACUCAUGUGCUCAGACAACACCAUGCUCGGGGGGCAACCCUGCCUUUAGCCACAGUGGACAGACCAGACUUUUACCCGCCUGCUUAUGAAGAGAGUCUUCCUAAUGAAAAGCAGACCUGUCCUGCCAUGGCCUCAGAUGUUCCUCCACCUCUGUACAUGAAGAUGGACCUUGAAUUCAAAGAUGAACAUGAUGCCCGCCCAGAGGCCCCGCCGUCCUAUGAAGAGUCCAUAGUGGUCAGGGUUGCGGCAGCAACGCCAGGGCAGGAUACUGAGAGGCAAGGCCAUGCAUGCUGAAGCAGGAAGCUCCCUGGCAUGGCACUCACGGCCAGCCCCUCCUGGAAUAGGCUGCUAAUAAUAAACACAGGCCAGGGACUGGGGGAGGAAACCCAAGUCAGUGACCCUGUGUGAGCGCACCGGGGAUUCUGUGUGGACAGUGCAGUUCCCCAGAUGGGCUUGGCCUGCCGGGGUGGGGUAGGAGCCCUAGAAGGCUGGGGUUGGCAUCAAGCACAUAUUUCAAAGGAUGUGUGUCAAUCCCAGCCCAGGUGAACCUUUGGCCUGCAGACAUGUACGGAGAGCUCAGGCCCACAUAGAUGCUUUCUCCUCCCACUCAACUCCCCUCCAGGAAGCACUUUGUGUCUAAAGUUACAGAUCCACACAUUUUCAGACUCAGGACACUUAUUUUUAAGCCCAACUUUUCUUCUUCAGCUUUAUUAUGUUUUAUUACAUGUUUUAAGGCCAGGGGCAAGUCAAGGGGCAGGGAGGUGGAAGUAGAAGCAACCUGAUGCUUUUCAGCUAUGAUAAGAAACUUCAGAUUCUCUGGGUCUUAGUUUCCUCCUUUGCCAAGUAAGAAUUUAAUGUUGGAAGUAAUAUCUAUUAUUAUGGAAAGCCUUUAUGUGGUAGGUUCUGCGCUAUAAACUUUUUGUGCUUUUAUUUCGCCCUCAUUAUAGUGUUGAGAGAUAACGUUAUUCCCAUUUUACAGACACAUAAACUGAAAGUUCGAGAUAUUAAGAAAUUUUAUAAUAGCAACACAGUAAUAUCCAGGAGUAUGAAGAAGUUUCCUUAGAGGGACUUGGGAAAAGGCAUUUACUUUGAACUUUUGUGCUAGAGUAGUCCUGUCUUCUCUCCUCCCAGGAAACAGUUGGGACUUCUCCCCUCUUUCGGACAGUGGCCCUAAGGGUAUGUGAUGCCCCAGGGUUGCUGCAAAAGCUUCACCCCUUGGAGAGGCCACUGAGGUUGCACAGGUGUUGAUGGGCGUCUCUUUGUUGGGACCUCCCUGGUGGCACAAGGGGUUGAGUCGCAUCACUAUGAAGCUGUCCACAGCCACUGCAGCAUGGCAUGAGUUCGAUCCCCUGCCAGCCAGUGAGCUUACCCACAUGGUGCAGACCUCUCCUGUAUCACCUGCUGCUCCCCUCAGCAGUGUAUUUCAGUCCAUCUGCCUGUUCUGCUCCCCACUCUGUCUCUGGUGAAUCCGCUCACCCCACUUUACCUCUGGUCUGUACCUCAGUUGUUACAUGCAUAAAUAAAUAAAUAUUUUUUUUAAAAAGAAAAUGUGUCAGCCUUCCACAUUUUCUCCUGAAGGUUGGCCCUGGCCUCAGAUGCAGUUUUCUCCAUCUGAUCAUUACACUGAUGAUGAAAGCGCCCCUAGUGAUAACAACCCACCACUGGUGAGCGCACACAGGACAAGGCUUUGGACAGUGGCAGGAGCAAUUAAGAUCUUUUGAAGAGGAAGAAGUUUAAGAUGGAAUGUGGCCUCCGUGGCCUAUGCUUCCUCAUUAUUGCUGAGUGAACAGAUUAAGCAUGUCCUUAUAGGAAGCCACAUAAAAAGGAAAUCCUGGUCCCUUCACACUAAGCCUGAAUUUGGGAAUCUGUAAUUUGAAUCCUUGACACAAGGGCAUAAAUGAAUAUGAAGGUCAUGCAUGUUUGCCCAACAGAAGGGCAAUCCUUUAGUAGCAGUGCAAUUUAUUAUUCCUCUCUUGUCAUCUAUUUGCCUCCCUCCAAUUGAUGGUUAUCUCGAACUUUUCCCUGGGGUGUGAGCACAUUCACUGGCUGAAUAAGCUCUAUCACUUGCUCACUGGGCUUCCUUCCAGAAUUUGCAAUGUAAUAGAUGGUGUU